CGGGCGAAGAACAGAUUACCUCGUGUCGUCGCGCGACCCCCCCGUCGGACAUCUCUCGGUCUUCUCCGUCUCCCCCACCCCCAUCUUCUCUCCCUCGGCGGCGAUCUCCACUUCUCUCGAUCUAGUCGCUCGAGAUCCAGAUCUGAUAUCCCCAGGUCGGAGGCCCUUUCCUCAGAUCCGAGGCGCGCGCGUGGCGGCGAUGCUGACCAAGUUCGAGACGAAGAGCAACCGGGUGAAGGGCCUGAGCUUCCACAGCAAGCGGCCUUGGAUCCUCGCCAGCCUCCACAGCGGCGUCAUCCAGCUAUGGGACUACCGGAUGGGCACCCUCAUCGACCGCUUUGACGAGCACGAUGGCCCCGUCCGUGGCGUCCACUUCCACAAGUCACAGCCCCUUUUCGUCUCCGGAGGAGACGACUACAAGAUUAAGGUUUGGAAUUAUAAGACUCACCGGUGCCUGUUCACCCUUCUUGGGCAUCUUGACUACAUCCGCACUGUUCAAUUCCAUGACGAGCACCCAUGGAUUGUCAGUGCAAGCGAUGACCAAACUAUUAGGAUCUGGAACUGGCAAUCUCGUACCUGCAUUUCCGUGUUGACCGGGCACAACCACUAUGUCAUGUGCGCCUUAUUCCAUCCAAAGGAGGACCUGGUUGUAUCUGCAUCUCUGGAUCAGACGGUCCGUGUUUGGGAUAUUAGUGCACUGAGGAAAAGAGUUUCUCCAGCUGAAGAUAUCCUGCGUCUGAGCCAGAUGAACACUGAUUUGUUUGGGGGUACCGAUGCUGUUGUCAAAUAUGUCUUGGAAGGUCAUGAUCGUGGAGUCAAUUGGGCAUCUUUCCAUCCAACCCUGCCUCUUAUUGUAUCUGGAGCAGAUGAUCGGCAAGUGAAAUUGUGGAGAAUGAAUGAUUCCAAAGCUUGGGAGGUCGACACAUUGAGAGGCCACAUGAAUAACGUCUCUUGUGUAAUGUUCCAUGCAAAGCAGGACAUCAUUGUAUCCAACUCAGAAGACAAAAGCAUUCGCAUAUGGGAUGCUACUAAGCGGACAGGUAUUCAGACAUUCCGCCGGGAACAUGACCGUUUCUGGAUUCUUGCUGCACAUCCAGAAAUGAACCUUCUUGCAGCUGGUCAUGAUAGUGGCAUGAUUGUUUUCAAAUUGGAGAGGGAACGCCCUGCUUUCUCUGUUAGUGGAGAUGCUCUAUACUAUGUGAAAGAUCGAUUCCUGCGAUUCUAUGAGUUCUCAUCCCAGAAGGAUAGUCAGGUGGUUCCGAUAAGGAGACCUGGUUCUGUCAGCUUGAAUCAGGGACCUAGAACGCUGUCUUUUAGUCCCACAGAGAAUGCUGUCUUGAUCUGUUCUGAUGCGGAUGGGGGUUCUUACGAGCUUUAUAUUGUUCCUAAGGACACUUCUGGAAGGGGUGACUAUAUGCAGGAUGCAAGGAAGGGAGCUGGAGCAUCAGCUGUUUUUGUAGCUCGUAAUAGAUUUGCUGUUCUUGACAAGAGUAACAACCAGGCCAUAGUUAAGAACCUUAAAAAUGAGAUUGUAAAGAAGAGUCCUCUUCCAGUUGGUACGGAUGCAAUAUUUUAUGCUGGCACCGGUAACUUGUUGUGCAGGGCUGAGGACAGGGUGGCCAUUUUUGAUCUCCAACAGCGGAUUGUUCUUGGAGAACUUCAAACCCCAUCUAUCAAAUACAUUGUCUGGUCAAGUGACAUGGAAUCUGUUGCUUUGCUGGCUAAACAUGCUAUAGUGAUUGCUAAUAAGAAACUUGUGCACCGUUACACAUUGCACGAGACAAUCCGUGUGAAAAGCGGUGCCUGGGAUGACAAUGGUGUCUUCAUAUAUACUACACUAAAUCAUAUCAAGUAUUGCCUUCCUAAUGGGGACAGUGGUAUUAUAAAAACUCUUGAUGUUCUGAUUUACAUAACCAAGGUUUCUGGAAGCAAUAUCUAUUGCCUGGAUCGUGAUGGGAAGAAUCGUGUGAUAUCGAUUGAUUCAACAGAAUACAUCUUUAAGCUAUCCCUGUUUCGGAAAAGAUAUGAUCAUGUGAUGAGUAUGAUCAGGAACUCACAACUAUGUGGACAGGCUGUCAUCUCAUAUCUACAACAGAAAGGUUUUCCUGAAGUAGCUCUCCAUUUUGUAAAAGAUGAAAAGACUAGAUUCAACUUGGCUCUAGAGAGCGGUAACAUUCAGAUAGCUGUUGCUGCAGCAAAAGAGAUUGAUGAUAAGGAUCAUUGGUACAGGUUGGGUAUUGAAGCCCUUCGGCAAGGAAACACUAGUAUAGUGGAAUAUGCAUAUCAGAGGACAAAGAACUUUGAGAGGCUAUCUUUUCUUUAUCUUGUAACAGGUAACAUGGAGAAGCUCUCCAAAAUGCUGAAAAUAGCUGAAAUGAAGAAUGAUGUUAUGGGUCAGUUUCAUAAUGCUAUGUAUCUUGGUGACGUUCAGGAACGUGUUAAUAUUUUGGAAAAUUCUGGUCAUUUGCCUCUUGCAUAUGUUACAGCUGUCACUCAUGGACUAAAGGAAGUUGCUGACAGGCUUUCUGCUGAACUGGGAGAAAAUGUUCCCUCUUUACCUGAAGGAAAAGUGCGCUCUCUUCUGAUGCCACCUGCAUCACUUAUGUGCUGUGGGGAUUGGCCAUUAUUAAGGGUCAUGAGAGGUAUAUUUGACAAUGGGCUGGACACUGUGAGGGCAGGGAACGAGGAAGAGGAGGAAGCAACUGGUGCUGAUUGGGGUGAUGAAGAAUUGGACAUUGUUGACAUGGAGGCCGUGAUGCAGAAUGCUGAUGAUGUAGUUGCUGAACUUGAAGAGGGGGUAGCAAAUGAAGAUAAUGAGGAGGGAGGAUGGGACCUUGAGGAUUUGGAAUUACCACCAGAUGCAGAUACGCCAAAAGCUGCUGGAAAUGCUCGUUCUUCACUAUUUGUUGCCCCUACACCUGGCAUUCCUGUUAGUCAAAUCUGGAUUCAGAAGUCAUCUCUUGCAGGAGAGCAUGUGGCAGCUGGAAAUUUUGAUACUGCCAUGCGCUUGCUCAGCCGGCAAUUGGGUAUAAGGAAUUUCGCACCUAUGAAGCCAUUGUUCAUGGAUGUUUUUGUGGGCAGUCAUACCUAUAUGCAUGCCUUUGCUACUACCCCAGCCAUAUCAACUGCUGUUGAGAAGGGUUGGAGUGAGUCUGACAGUCCUAAUGUGAGGGGCCCACCAGCACUUGUAUUCAAGUUUUCGCAGAUGGAUGAGAAGCUAAAGGCAGCUUAUCGAGCCACUACAGAUGGAAAGUUUCCAGAGGCUUUACGACAAUUUCUCAACAUCUUGCACACUAUCCCACUUAUUGUAGUGGAGUCAAGGAGGGAAGUUGAUGAAGUGAAGGAGUUGAUUGAGAUUGCUAGAGAGUAUGUUCUGGGCUUGAAAAUGGAAGUUCAAAGAAAGGAAAUCAAGGUCAAUUCAGUUCAACAGCAGGAGCUGGCAGCUUAUUUCACCAACUGUAAGCUUCAAAAGAUUCAUAUGAGGCUCGUCCUCACUAAUGCUAUGACUAUCUGCUAUAAAGGAGGGAACUAUGCAACAGCAGCUAACUUUGCCAGGAUGCUCCUGGAGAAUAGACCAACUGAAAUCCAAGCAAAGAAAGCUAGGCAGGUGCUGCAACAUGCUGGUGAUAAAAAUGAUGCUAAUCAACUCAAUUAUGAUUACAGGAAUCCUUUUGUGGUUUGUGGGGCAACUUUUGUUCCAAUCUAUCGUGGGCAGAAGGAUGUUUCCUGCCCUUAUUGUGGGGCUAGGUUUGUGCCUGGCAUUGAGGGGCAGCUUUGUUCUGUUUGUGAGCUUGCAGUGGUGGGAUCAGACGCCUCGGGUCUACUUUGUUCUCCUACCCAGGCGAGAUAAUUGCAAACAGGUACAACUAUGAACUACCUGCUGUGUCUUUAUAUCCCUUGUUGAAUGAAACUGGUCAGAGGCGCAUUUCGGCAUUCAUUUAAUAUCUCCUAGCUAUAGAUCCUUUCUCUUAACUAGCGUCUGUGGUGUCAGCCUUGAGCAUUUGUUGCCUCAGCAUUUUCCUUUGGUUACAGCACAAGCUGGAUUUUUUCCCAUCAAGGCACUGGAGUUAGCAUCUUCCCUCGAGCGCACAAUUCAAUGUUAGCCGGCGGUAGCUUGGAAAUGUCAUCGAUCAUGGGUCUUCUGUCAUCACAUCCAACAAUUCGGUCAAAUAUCUGGGGAAAUUACAGGUUAUAAAGUUAUGCCCUGGCAGCACUUCGUUCUCUCCUUUUCUUUUAGAAAGGAUACCCGGUCGUUGGUCUUUGUAAUUUCUCCAUGAGACAACAAAUGGUCGAUGGCGCACUAUCUCAAUCUUGAGAUUAUUUUUUUUACAAGAAUAUCUAGAGCAUUUGAUGAAUGUUUUGAUCAGUUGCCCUCUGAACAUUGCUGCACUUGGAAACUUCCACACCUUUUAAUGCCUAAAAAUGCACAUGUAUGGCAUAUUUGCAGGGGCGAUUGCAACCAACUCCAUGGUGGAUUAUCUUUUGGGUUGUGGCAGAAGUUUUAUCCUCUUGGCUGCUUCUUUGACGCAUGGUUUGUAAUCAUCUCCACAUUUAUUUAACAGAAAUAAUAAAGCAAAUGUGUGGUUUUUGCA